UCCAUUCUUCUGGAUUUCCACUGUAUCUCAGAGAUGAAGGUGGUCACCGCAUAUUUGUUGGCCUUGUUGGGAAGAAACACCUGUCCCUCUGCCAAGGAUAUUAAGGCCAUCCUUGCUUCCGUUGGAGCUGAUGUUGAUGAUGAAAAAAUCGAUUUGCUUUUAUCUCAAGUGGAUGGUAAGGAUAUCACAGAGAUGAUUGCAGCUGGUAGGGAGAAGUUAGCUUCAGUACCCGCUGGUGGUGGUGCUGGUGUUGCAGUUGCUGCUGCUGCAGCUGGAGGUGCUGCCGCUGCACCUGUUGCUGAGGAUAAGAAAGAGGAGAAAGUAGAAGAGAAAGAGGAGUCCGAUGAUGAUAUGGGCUUCAGUCUUUUUGACUAAGGAGUAUCAAAGUGCUGGUCUUUUUCAUUUAGAAGUUUCGUUAUGUUUUUGUUUCUGUUUAGUAUUAGUUGGUGUCCCUGAUUUUGCUUAGGAAAUGAGUGACAGAGAUACGACAUUCUUGUUCUGAAACAAGCUUUUU